CUUCCCUGCGCUCCUCCAUCAUCCCCGGCCAGCUCCCCCCUCUACCCCCUAUUCCAUCCAUCAGGUAAUUCUUCCCAUCAUCACUGCAUUCUGCUCUUUCUUAUCUUCUUCUAGUCCGCAGUUCCGACCUGCUUUUGGGCUGGUUUCCUCCAUGCAAGGCUGUUGAUAUCACCGCAUACGCCAUGGCGACGGUAUCGCCACCCAAACCCUGGGAGAGGGCAGGCGCUGGAGGUUGGUGUCCUUAGGCCUAUGGUCUUUUAUCUUUGCAGGAAAACUGAUGGAUAUGUCAGGCGCUCCCUUAGCAGCAUCAUCCACCACCACCGCGGGGUCAGGGACAACAGCAACAUCACCCGCUGCUAACGGGACAACCGCUUCUUCCUCUGCCGCUCCCGACUUACCUUCUCGACCAAACAGUCUCAAUUCCGUCGUGAAUCGGACCGCGACCAACUACUCGCCAUACUCUGCCUCGCGCUUCGGCACCAGUCCCUACGGAAGCUACGGUGGAUAUGGCUCGUAUUCCUCUCCUUACUCGCGCUUUGGUACCAUGGGAUCCAUGUAUGGUGGUUACGGAGGCUACGGGGGCAUGUACGGUGGAAUGGGGGGGAUGUAUGGUGGCAUGCCCGGGAUGUCUGGUGAUCCCAACGAUCCUAAUAGCUUGACAAAUUCUUUCAGUCAGAGCACACAGGCGACUUUUCAGAUGCUCGAGAGUAUUGUCGGUGCGUUUGGAGGGUUCGCGCAGAUGCUUGAAAGUACUUAUAUGGCUACUCAUAGCUCAUUCUUUGCAAUGGUAUCUGUCGCAGAGCAGUUCGGGAAUCUUCGCAACACUCUCGGAUCGGCUCUAGGUAUUUUCACAAUUAUUCGAUGGCUCAAGACGCUUUUCGCAAAGCUUACCGGUCGUCCACCGCCGGCUGAUGCCACUGCUCUUACUCCUUCGGCCUUCGAGGCGUUUAUGCAUGGACGUUCGGUGUCAGGAUCCCUUCCAGAUGGCUCUCCUGUCCCGAAACCGUCGAAGAAGCCAUUCUUGGUCUUCGUCCUUGCCGUCUUUGGCCUUCCUUACCUGAUGGGCAAGCUGAUCAAGGCACUUGCCCGUUCGCAGGAGGAGGAGAUGAAGCGUCGACAGCAGCUCCUGGUGGGCGCGAACGGUGAGAUGAGCCAGGCAGACCAACCCGCACCUUUGGAUCCUUCUAAGCUUGACUUCUGCCGCGUGCUGUACGACUACACGCCGGAGUCGCAAGAGAGCAGUGGGAUCGACCUGGCGGUGAAGAAGGGGGACAUUGUGGCUGUGCUUAGCAAGUCCGACCCGAUGGGCAACGCAUCGGAAUGGUGGCGGUGCAGAGCACGAGAUGGCCGAGUUGGGUAUCUCCCCGGCCCAUACCUGGAGACGAUCCAGCGACGGCCUGCGCAGCAAGCGAUCACAUCCGGCAGUACGGCAGGGAGCCGGAGCAGCACGAUGAAUGAAGCAACCGCGAAGAUUGAAGAACUGCGUGCGCAGCAGCAUGCGAAACAGGCAGUUGAGAAGAAGCCGGAACUGAAGGGGAAAAUGGGAGACAUCUCACCUGAGAGUUUUCAGAAAAGCGCGUUUUAUUCUUGAAACCUGACAGACAGGACUGGACCAGAAGGAUUGGUUGGGUUUGGAUCCGGGGCUAAAGUUCUGGGAACAGCGCCAGAUUCAUCAUUCCAUGAUACGCCAUAUUACUCAUUUUAUUGUUAAUCUGCUGGUUGGGCCGGAUGGUUCUAGACUUUGUUACGUUCUUGCGUGUUCUUGUUAUAGUUAUUGUGGACAUUGUUUACAUGGGGCAGUAUGUACCGAUUCCGUGGAGUUUCCACUGUGGAGCGGCAAUUCAUGUAUUGAUAUCAAAUCCCUUGGCAUUUUUCACCCUGCUGUGUGGGUCUCCCGGGAAGUAUGGAGUUACUCGGUAGUAGCUGGGGGAUGUGCAUCCUGAUGAUGCUGACGAUCAAUAAUCACCAACGAGAUUAACGACCAGGCCUAUUUGGUUGCACGUGUUGUCUGCAGCCUGAGACUGACGAUGAGAAAGCAAUCUUACUGAAGAAAGUCGACAGAAAGUUUGAUCUCAGCCAACCUCACUCUCCGUCUUGGGUAGUAUUCAACUCGACUCAGCUCAGCUCAGCUCAACUUUAUUCAUAAGUGCCGUGCUUAGUACCUGGUAAUUAGGUAUUGUUUGACUUUCAGAGUGGAUAAGACGGAUUAGGUAUUAUGCAUUCCACAGUUGUAUGCAGAGUAACUGAACUAACAGUUAUUAAUUAAAACUGUUAGUACACACAGACUGAAGAAACAUAAUAGAUGAUCUACAC